AUGCGAAACAAACUAAUCCGAGAUUCGACGUUCCCAUUUUCUGAAUUCUCCACGAUGGUGACGCCGUCGUUGGCCAUGGCAGUAAUAGCAUUCAUUUGCACCGGAAGCCGUGUCUCUAAACCUACGCAUCUCACCAGACUUUUCAGUACGGUACCGUAUAGAGAAAGCACUCUGAUAUCGUCCACUAAAUCCAAUACAGUCAAGAAGAUCCAAGCGCUUUUGAAUAAACGGAAAAAACGACUAGAGCAACGCGAGACCGUCGUGGAAGGACCUCGGAUGGUUGUCGACCUACUGAAACAACCACAAACCCAUCAUUUGGUUCGAAGCAUCUUUAUUGCAUCAGACAAGUGGGAGCAGUACUAUCCUGAAAUCCUCCGGGCUGUCGGUGAAGACGAGAGCCGCCUACCACUCACGCUUCCUGUGACGCCACCGGUCUUUGCCGCGUGUAGCGACACCAUCACGCCACAGGGAAUUCUGGCCAUAACGGAAAUCCCCAUUUUUUCAUUGGAGAGAAGGGAUGCUCCUCAAAAUCCGCUGUAUUUGGUCCUCGAUGGCGUGUCCGAUCCGGGGAAUCUGGGAACUCUACUACGCUCAAGUGUGGCGACAGGUGUCGCUGGAGUGUUGCUGCUGCCCGGAUCCUGCGAUCCAUGGGCACCGAAAGCUAUUCGAUCCGCCAUGGGAACGACUUUUCAAAUACCAGUCGAAACUUUUGAAAACUGGGAUGAAUGCCGGGAAAAACUAGUACAUUUGGGUUGCAACAAUUUUUGGGCGGCUACCAUGUUGGAAGACGGAGUCGGCAGGUCCCAUUACGAGGUUAACUGGUUGAGUGGGCCAAAUGCUUUGAUCAUUGGAAGUGAAGGAAACGGCCUGACAAAACCGAUUCGGGAUGACCUAGCUGUCACAUCACCAAGGUUGAAAUCUGUCUACGUUCCCAUGAAAGCCGGUAUUGAGAGCUUGAAUGCAGCCGUGUGUGGGAGUGUUAUUCUGUUUGAAUACAUGCGUCAAGGGGAAACCAACGUAUCCACAAAGUGAAUUGUGUGGACCCCAAGAUCUUGUUCUGGAACACCAGGUCAAGCGCAUAACUUCUCUUACCCACUGAUUCUCGACCCACCAUAUAUUGGUAAGGCUUGGACAGGAGCGAACUGUCUCUAUGCGUGCACACACCCGCAUAAACUUUAAAGCCCUACUUUUAUCUAAUUUUCAAAGCUCAGGUUGGCCACCAAAAGGUAUUUGGGAAUUGGCACGAGACGACGAGCAUUGGAAGGGGACAUAAAGACACUGAUUUGGUCUACUAGUAGAGAUGGUUUCUAUUCAUCCGUG